AUGAAUCUGGGGAGAUGUUCAAUCACUCGCGCGGAGAUUUGGGGCGCCAUACGAGAUCUUCAGCUUGCUUGGGACCUCGGCUACAAAAGAGUGGAACUGCAACUGGAUUCCACUACGGCUGUUCGACUUCUCUCUGAGACUGCCUCGACGGACAACCAACACGCCAUCCUCGUGCUCUCUUUCCAUGAACUCCGGAAGCAGGAUUGGGAACUCAGAGUUACCCAUGUUUACAGGGAAGCUAACUUCCUUGCUGAGCAUUUGGAGCAUCUAGGCCAUUCUCUUAGUCCGGGUACCCACCAUGUAGAUCCUGAGGAUCCUUACAUUAGCCACUGGUUGUUGUAUGACUCUGUGGGCGGUUUUACCGUUCGUUCGAUUUCGUAA